CUGAUGACAAACGUGAACAGGAUCAGGGUGGUCGUCCUCGGCGGCCACAGAGUCGGGAAAUCAGCCGUAGUGGUGCGGUAUUUGACGAGGCGAUACAUCGGCGAGUACAGCUCAACCAGUGAUUUCCUGUACCGGCACAGCGUUACCAUCGAUAACGUUAGUACCGAGGUCGAGAUACUGGACACUUCCAGGUGCGAGGAAAAUGGUUGCCUCUACUCCCACAUACGAUGGGGCGAGGCUUUCGUGGUCGUUUACAGCGUAACGUGCAAACGAAGCUUUCAGGAAGCCCGCGGAUUGCUGAAGCAACUGGCUGACUUACGUCUACCAUCCUACUUCACCGCCCUGUUGCUCGGCAACAAGAGAGAUCUGGAUCAUGCUCGAGAGGUGUGCGUGGACGAGGGCCAGCAGUUGUCACUCGCGCACGGAUGCCAAUUCUACGAGGUGAGCGCGGCGGAGAGUCCCGCGGGCGCGGCGCUGGCUUUCCAGGCACUUCUUCGCGAGGCGAGGUCUGUACAAUUGCUCCGGGCGCUACCGAUCCGGCGAAAACUCGGCGUGCAUUCUGUGUCGAGGGUGCUCGGCACGAUCUUCGGCAAGAACACCACGAAAGACCGGAAAAAGAGGCCCUCGUUGAGCAUAUGA